CGCCACGGGAACGGGCGAUGGCGACGAUGCGCCCAGUGCGUUCGGCCUUUCGACGUUCAUCUCGCCGACCAACAUGAACAGCCGGUACCACUUCGAUUCCAACUCGUCGUUCGAGAUUAAUCGCAAGAAGAGGCGACUUUCUGGCCUGGGGUCAAGCGGUUUGGCGAACGAUACACUCAACAACGUCAGUGGCGAAUCCUUUUCGUCGACCGCGCACACCACCACCCAGAUCGUUCAGAGCCCGUGGGAAACGCGCCGCAUGAAGGCCGAUCUGAUUGAGGCACGCUCAAGGAUCACCGUGCUGAAGAAGGAGAUCGAGCACCAAAACACGGAGAUGGCGACGACGCAGCUACGCAAUCAGCACAAAAUAUCGUCCCUCCAGCAGGAGCUAUCGCACGCCACGAACAAGGUGACCGAUCUGGAGAAGCACCUGUCGGCGGUGCGAAAGCGGGAGCACGCGGCCCGGGAGGAACUGGUGAAGACGCGUAAUCAGUUCAAUCAACUGAAGCAGGCGGCCGACGAUCAGCAGUUUGGGUUGCACAGCCAAAUCAAGCAGCUGGAGGCGCGGUACAACUGUGACACGGGCUCACUGAAUGGCGAGAUCAGCGAUCUCAGAGGCAAGGUGAUGGAGCUGGGCGAGUCACUGGCGGCGGUCCAGGAGGAGCUGGAUGCGACGCGUGAAAUCAACGACACGCUUCAGUCGAAGGCGGACGCGUACGAUCAGACGAAGCGUGAACUGGACGAGGCGGUAAUGCGAGCCGAGGAGGCGGAAUCGCGCGUCAAGAACCUCGAGUACGAGGUCGGCAGCUACGAAGACUGGAAGAAGCUGUCCGAGGUGUCCACGUCACGGUUGGCCAACUGUGCCGAUCUUGAGCGCGAGAACGCGCGUCUCAAGGAGGAACUCAAGAACUUGCGCGGCCUGAUCGGCAAUAAGCUGCUGCUCGAGGAACAGGUGGCCACCCUGCAGACACGGCUCGAUCGCUUCACGCAGCGCGAGGGCGAAACGGCGGAACUGGAACUGCGCGUGAAAGAGCUGGAGAGUGAGUUGCGCGAAUGGCGGCAGCUCGGACUCGAUUACUCACCGAAGGAAGGAGUGAACGGGGUGACCGCACCGGCACCGGCCGCUAUCCGACGACACAUUGCCGCGGUGCUGCAGAAGGACGUGAUCCUCACGAGUGAACAGUCGGUGGUGAUGGCCGGGCAACAGAAGGCCCAUGAGGCGAUCGGCAAGCUGCGCGCGGAGAACGAAGUGCUCGAAGGCCAGCUGGCCGAAUACAAGCGCAGUUUGAAGCACCACCAGAUGGUUCUCCAGCGUGCCCAGCGGAAGCUGGGGCUGAUCAUCGGCGAGCGGGACUACAUGAAGCAGUUGAUCGACAGCUACGAGAAGGAUCUGACAAUGAAUCAGUCCAUCGCUGUAGGGCAAGACACGCAGCAACUGCAGGAGCGCAUCAAGAACCUCGAGAAAGUGCUCGCCAACUACCAAGAGUUCCUCCAGAAGCUGGAGUCGGAGAAAUCGUCGGCUGAGGGUGUAGUCUGCAACGCACUGACCAACGAGCAGUACCAAAAGCUGCGCAAGGAGAUCGAUUCGUUGCGCGCGGAGAACGACAUGGUGCGUCGACGCAAGCAGGAGCUCGAGCUGGAGAUUGACCAGUUGCGUGCUCGGAUGAAUGUACGGAUUGUGCGGCUCACGGAAAGUCCGGCGGAGGCCGCGUUUGAGCUGCACCGAACGUCCGUGGAGAAGCUGCAAGCGGAAAUCGAACGGUUGCGGUCUCGGAUUCGUGCGCUCGAGCAGGGCACCACGACCGACGACCGUGGGCACGCGGAGGCGACCGUUUCGAACAGCAACAUGACGCUGAACGUGAUGGAGCUGAACAAUCUGCGGGCGAUGGUCCUGAUGCUGGAGGAGAAGAACCAGCAGACGAAGGACAAGUAUCUGAGCGCGGCGCUCGAGUUCCGCGAGGUCUGCUACCUGCUGUUCGGCUACCGGGUCGAUCGGGUUAGCAACAAAAACUACCGCAUCACGAGCAUGUACGCGGACAGCGAGGAAGAUUAUCUGAACUUCCACCUGGAUGAGACGAGCGGCAAGCUGAACAUGCUGGCCUCGCGCUACGGCCAGACGCUUCAGGAGCAGGUCGACGGUCAGCUCGGCACGCACGGUUCGAUGCCCGCGUUUCUCAGCACACUCACGCUCGAUCUCUUCAAGCGGACCACGAUCAUGGUAGAGGCCAGCUAGGGGACUGCGCGCCGUUUUGCGAUAGGAUUAGGCUUUCCAAGGUGUCCAAUGACCGCGGGGUCCGCGUCUCCGUAAGCGGGCGGGGGGUCGAAAGAAACGUUAAAGAUCGCGAAGUGGAAAUAAUCG